CUUUGGAGAGACCAUUCUAUUCACACGUUUUUUUUUUUUUCUCCUCACAAAAACUAAGACCUUUAAUUUCUUCAAUUCACAACACAAAUACUGUUAGCUAGCCAUGGAAUUCUGUGCAACUCUACCACUUUCUCAGCUUCCUUAUGUCUACCCUUCAACACUUAGUAGUAACAAAGCUUAUCCAUUUUGGUCUUGCAAGCGAAGGAUCUCAUCACGACCAACACGCUUACACUGCAGCAAGAUGUUUGUACCUGGAUUUGGAGAAGCAUCACCAGAAGCAAAGGCUGCUGAAAACCUCCACAAUUUCUUCACCUUUGUUGCAGUGAAGAUUGUUGCUGCUCAACUUGAGAGCUACAAUCAUGAAGCAUAUGAGGAGCUGAUGGAAUUCUUGAGUAGACACUCGUUGAAUGAUGGUGACAAGUUCUGUGCCACUAUGUUCAGAGAAUCAUCAAGACAUAAGAAUUUAGCCCUAAGAAUAAUGGAGGUUCGAUCAGCAUACUGCAAAAAUGAUUUUGAAUGGGACAACAUGAAGCGUUUAGCUUUUAAGAUGGUCACUGAAUCUAACACGAGGCUCAUGACGGAAUAUGUCUUAGAAACCAGUCACGUUGAAACCGAGAAGUGAAUAGUCUUGCGGCAAUGCAUUAGCCCUUCAUUCCCUCUGCUCGAACAGGAGCUAGGGCAAUGUAUAUGUACAGGAAAGAACUCGUCUACAUGGUUUUCGACCAAUUUUAUACUCCAGUAUUGGCAUGGCUAUGAUUAAAAAAAAAAACAGUUAGAUCAUAAAAUGGUUGGGAUAAGUUCGUGUUACAAAUUGAUAAUGAACAAAAUAUAUUGUUAAGCCCUCCAUGAUAAUUUUGGGAUACUUGGAGCACCAAAAUUAUAGUGGUAAUGUUUUCAAGGCUUGGUUCUGAAGACAGCUUUGACCAAUUUGUGUGUAAUCAAUUUUCUUUACAUCUGAAAGUGAAAAUACUGUCCAACGAUGAAACAAGCAACAAGCAUUGCCAUCAAUCCUCAA